AUGGAUUGUGGCUGAACUCUACCACACGGAUAAUCUCAAACGUGUUUCAGGUACGAUGAUGCCACAAAAUGCAAGGUACGCUCGUUCGUUUAUUUCACCGGACAGAUAUUGCAGGACGAACGUGGCCAAGGAUAGCUGCAGUUGAACAAAGUACGAUCUCUGACAAGGCUCCUCUUGUACCGAGUGCGGGACAAAAGCGGGCCACCACGACAAUGAACAAUAACCAUCGUUGGACGAGCACUAUAAAUGCCUUGCGAGCGCCCCGCCCCAUACGCGCUGCUGGACGAACACAAUCAGCCAUAAUACCGUCGACCGGAACCCUGGGUAGCGCGAAAUGUGGCUUCGCUCGCGUUAAUAGUGCUCGCUGAGCUCUGGUUAUUGUUUCCGUCUGACAUUUAGCAAGCAGUUCCCGGGUCCACCUUGCGAAUACAAGGCCUUCCUUUCUCGGAGGAGGCUCACGUGGCAUAGACGCUCGACAAG